CGGAAGGGGAAGCAGCGGCGGCACCGGCGGAGGCGCCGUUGCUGCGGAACCGGAGCCUCCCGAAGGGUCCCGGCGGAUCCCGAAGGAUCCCGGUGCUACUGGCGGGGGCGGCAGCUGCCCCCCCGCGCCCUCAGGGCCCCCCGAAGCGGCGGGCGCGGCCGGUGCCCGGGGUGCCUCCCUGCCGCCGGUAUCCAGGGACUCGGCUCCGUUGCUGAGGAGGCGCCCGGGCCGGCCAUGGUGCGGCUGCACGUCAAGCGCGGGGGCGAGAGCGAGUUCCUGCUGGAGGCGCCGGGCAGCGCCCGCCUGGCCGAGCUGGCUCCGCUGGUCGCCCGCAUCCACAACGGGCGGCUGAAGGUGCAGCGCCUGUGCGCAGAGAUGGAGGAGCUGGCAGAGCAUGGCAUUUCCUUACCUUACAACAUGCAAGGACUGACAGAUGAGCAGAUUGAAGAGCUGAAGUUAAAGGACGAGUGGGCAGAGAAGUGUGUCCCAAGUGGUGGGAGCGUCUUCAGGAAGGAUGAAAUGGGGCGAAGAAAUGGAUUUGCUCCAAAUGAAAAAAUGCAGCAAGUUAUAAAGAAGACAAUAGAAGAAGCCAAGGCAUUAAUCUCUAAGAAACAAGUUCAGGCUGGUGUGUGUGUGGACAUGGAGACGGUGAAGGAUGCCUUGGAGCAGCUCCGAGGGGCUGUCCUGAUCGUGUAUCCCAUGGGAUUGCCUCCCCAUGAUCCCAUCAGGAUGGAGUUUGAGGAUAAAGAAGACUUGUCAGGAACUCAUGCUGGAACUGAAGUUAUAAAAGAAUCAGAAGCACAGUUGUGGUGGGCAGGAAAGCAGUUAGAAGAAACAAAGUUGCUCUCUGACUAUGUGGGCAAAAAUGAGAAAACAACCAUCAUUGUGAAGAUCCAGAAAAAAGGACAGGGAGCCCCGGGGCGGGAGCCUGUGCUCAGCCAUGAGGAGCAGAAGGAGAUGAUGCUGUACUACUACAGGAAGCAGGAGGAGCUGAAGAAACUGGAGGAGGAGGACGACGACUCGUUCCUAAAUGCGGAGUGGGCAGACAACCAUGCUCUGAAAAGGCAAUUUCACGGUGUCAAAGACAUCAAGUGGGGUCCAAGAUGAAGCUCUGCACCCCCCUUCCUAAGCUGCUCGGUUGAUGCUGUUGUUUGCAGCAAGGAGUUGUGUGUGGUAGAUUCCUCAGACAGCAGCUGAAACUGUCAUUUCUGUGGCCUUAGAUGUUCAAUAAAUGUUCCUAUUUCUCUGUGACUGCAGCAGCACUUUCCUCUGCAAAGAAAUGAACAGAUUCUCCUGAUGUUUGGUAUUCUAUUAGAAACUUGUAAUUUUGAUACAGAAGUGUCAAUCUGUUUCAUAGGUAAGAGAUGUAAAUAUGCCCUGGAGCGUUUGGUGGUGUUCAGAGUGCUCUUUAUACUCUCUUCUCACUCUUGCAUUGCUAUUGGAGAAGGUAAUUUAUUUUAUAGGAAAUCAGUUUCCCCUGACUAAUCCAGGGAGAUUUAACGUUUUUUAAUGUGCUUGUUCACAUUUCAACAUAGCGCUUUCCAAACUGUAAUUUUUAAAUGAAUUAACUUCUUAAUAAUUGUUUAAAGGAAAUGUUUUUAUAUAAACAUCAGUGACAUCCUCGUG